UGGGAGAUUUCAAUGAAUUAAUGAAAAACUCUGAAAAACUGGGAGGAUCAGAGCGCAGCGAAUCCACCUUUUGGGACUUUCACAAUAUGGCAGAAAACUGCAAAAUUAGAGAAAUCAGAAGAAAUCAGAAGCUCUGGACAUGCAUUCUCCUAGGCGGGAUGGAGAGAUCAAAUUGGAUAGGAGCUUUGGGAAUGAGGAAUGAUACAAUAACUGAAAAUAUGGACUUGUGGGGUUUAGAACAUCGGCCCUUGCGUAUGUGCUUUGCCAUGGAGGGAGGUGACCCAAGUAGAGGUCGAUUCUAUUUUGACAAACGACUCACCAAGAUUGAGGGCAUUGAUGAAGCAAUCCAAAAGGGAUGGUAUGGUGAUAGUCGUUAUGAUAAUACUACCCUUAUGGACUGUAUUGGCAGAUGCAGACGAGAGAUGGCUCAGCUAACGAAAACCUUGGACAUCAACUCUAGAGACAGGAUCCAGAUGUUGAAAGCCAGACUUGAGGCCGAGACGUUCGCUGAAGAUGGUGUGGUCAGAAUCCUGAAAAUAAAGCCAACACUUCAUCUCCAAGAUACGCUAAUUUGGAGAUUUUUCCAGACUGGCAAAUAUAAAUCACAGAGUGGGUAUAGAUUUCUGGAAUCUCUCCUUGAAAUUCAAUCUUCUCCGACACGAAUCAUGCCACCUACAGAAAAAAAACUAUGGAAACAGCUC